AUGGGUUACUUCAGGAAGCUGGAGUCUUUCUUAUUGUUGUUAGUGUUGCUGGUGACAUGUGCAAGUGGGGAGGAUCCUUAUAGGUUCUACACUUGGAAUGUUACCUAUGGAGACAUAUAUCCUCUAGGAGUUAAACAACAGGGGAUAUUGAUAAAUGGGCAGUUCCCAGGGCCACAGAUCGAGUCCGUGACCAAUGAUAACUUGAUCAUCAAUGUUUUCAAUAGUUUGGAUGAACCUUUCCUUUUCUCUUGGAAUGGGGUGCAACAAAGGAGGAAUUCAUGGCAAGAUGGAGUCUAUGGUACAAACUGUCCAAUCCCAACAGGGCAGAACUUCACUUAUGUUCUUCAAGUGAAGGAUCAGAUUGGUAGCUACUUCUACUUUCCUUCCCUUGCAUUCCACAAGGCAGCAGGAGGUUAUGGUGGUUUCAAAAUUGCUAGCCGCUCGGUGAUUCCUGUUCCUUUUCCUCCUCCAACAGGAGAUUUUACCAUAUUGGCUGGUGACUGGUACAAGAGAAAUCACACUGAUCUGAGGGCCAUUCUAGACAGUGGAAGUGACCUUCCUUUCCCUGAUGGGCUUAUCAUCAAUGGUCGUGGUUCCAAUGCUUAUACAUUCACGGUUGAUCAAGGCAAGACUUACAGAUUCCGGAUAUCAAAUGUUGGGCUUACAACUUCCAUCAAUUUCAGAAUCCAAGGACAUAAGAUGAUGCUAGUUGAAGUGGAAGGAAUCCACACUCUCCAAAACACUUAUGAUUCCCUUGACAUUCAUUUGGGGCAGAGUUACUCUGUAUUGGUUACUGCUGAUCAACCACCCCAAGACUAUUACAUUGUUGUCUCAUCAAGAUUCACCACUGAAGUGUUGACUGCUACCUCCAUUCUUCAUUAUAGUAACUCAGCAGCAAGUAUUUCUGGUCCUCCACCGGGGGGGCCAACAAUACAAAUUGAUUGGUCUCUUGAACAAGCUCGCUCUCUCAGGCGGAAUCUGACAGCUAGUGGACCAAGACCUAAUCCACAAGGAUCUUACCAUUAUGGUUUGAUAAACACAACACGUACAAUUAGACUUCAAAAUUCAGCACCAAUUAUCAAUGGCAAGCAGAGAUAUGCUGUCAAUAGUGUGUCCUUCAUCCCAGCUGAUACACCACUUAAACUGGCUGAUUACUUCAAGAUCCCAGGAGUUUUCAACCUUGGAAGUAUCCCGGACAACCCCACCGGCGGCGGCGGCUACCUACAGACUUCUGUCAUGGCCGUGGAUUUCCGAGGCUAUGUUGAGCUUGUGUUUGAGAAUCCUGAAGACAGUUUGCAAUCAUGGCACAUUGAUGGUCACAACUUCUUUGUUGUAGGAAUGGAUGGAGGUCAAUGGUCAGCUGCAAGCAGGUUAAAUUACAAUUUGAGAGACACGAUAUCUCGUUGCACAGUUCAGGUGUAUCCCAAGUCAUGGACAGCAGUGUACAUGCCUUUGGACAACGUGGGAAUGUGGAAUGUGAGGUCGGAGAACUGGGGUCGUCAAUACUUAGGACAACAAUUUUAUGUUCGUGUGUAUUCCUCAGCUAAUUCGUGGAGAGAUGAGUACCCAAUACCAAGUAAUGCUUUGCGGUGUGGACGAGCUAUAGGCCAUUGA